AUGUUCAGAUCCCUUCUGACUACUUCCACCAGAUCACUUAGAAUCAACCAAUACAGAAACUUCUCUUCCACAGCUAUCAAAAUGGGUGUUACAGUCGAAUCAAUCUCUUCCGGUGACGGAAAGACUUUCCCUAAACCAGGAGACCAAGUUACCAUCCACUACGUUGGUACCCUUCUUGACGGAUCCAAAUUCGAUUCUUCUCGAGACAGAGGAUCACCUUUCGUCUGCCGAAUUGGUCAAGGCCAAGUCAUCAAAGGUUGGGAUGAGGGUGUUCCUCAACUCUCCGUUGGUCAAAAAGCCAACUUGAUCUGUACUCCAGAUUACGCCUACGGUGCUAGAGGUUUCCCUCCCGUCAUUCCCGCCAACGCUACCCUCAAAUUCGAAGUCGAACUCCUCAAGGUCAACUAA